AUGGAUUCGGAAUACGAUCAGAAGUUCGAGGAGAUGAAGAGGCACAUUCCAUUCCUGGAGAGAAUGAUCAGGAGGCUAGAGAGUACCGGCACUGGACCUUCAAAUCCUCGCCAGGCGCAGCUCGAUAAAAUUAGAUCCUUAAGACUGCUACUCUUAGACAAGAAGAAAAGAAUGAAAAUGGAGAACUUAAUCAAAUGUGAACAGGUUUUGCUUAACUUAUACGCGAAAGUGGAACCCGCACGAAAAGUGGAUAAGAGGGACAAACCAGCAGUUAAAAAGGCACCAGAUCCUGGGUUUGCUAUAGAUACACCCACACCACAAGAAAAAUCUGAGUUAGAAGCUGUCAGAAACAAACUCAAGACUGUUGUGAAGACUGAAGAGACUCUGCCAGAGAUUUUGAGGGUAAAUGAAGUUGAGGAAAUGCACACUGCUGGUUCUAAAGAGCCCGCUCUUUUUCAAAGGAGACCAAACAAACCAUCGUUGUCGCCGAAUUAUCGAUCUCCAACAAAAAUCAAACAGGAAAAGGCGUCACCUCCUCCGUCAGCAUCCAAACGAAAUUACACACGAGUCCUCGUCUCACCCGAUACUUCGUCACGAUGUUGGUCUUCAUCUGAGGGGACGCCAGAUAAACCUCUGUUCAGUAGGCGGUCACCACGACGGUCACCUAGAAGACCAUCUCCGUCGUACCACAAGAAAGAAAGAAAAAAGUCCAAGGAAUCGACAACACGAAAAUCUAAUAAAGGCCUAAACAUUACAUUGAAUGUGCCUGAAGACAGUUUAAGCACAUUGAAUACUAAAGAUAUAUUCUCAAGAAUCAUCAAUUGUAAAGAUGGUGACGUAGAUAUUGACACAUUAAGGGAGUUACGAAAGCAAAUACUUACUGAACUUAAGAAAACUGGGGCCAGGGAUGACAUAUCUGACUUAAUAUUAAAGUCUUACAAAAAGAAGACAGCAAAAUCUAAAAAAAGGAAUCUAAAACACGAAGUCGAAGAAGGUGAAUUAUCAGAUAGCGAAAGUGAAGUUAUUGAGAACGUGUACGGUAGUUUGAGUGGUAACUUAGUGUUUAAAGAUGAAAACGAAACAAAAGAUGCAGCAGACAAAGAUAAGUCGCGUAAAAUCCAAAUAUGUCUUAUGUUGAAUCCUGAUAAGCCUAAAAAUGAUUCUAUGAAUUUACCUAGAACUGCUGACGUUUCCGAAUUAGAAAUGUACGAGAAGGAAAUAGGAGAAGUUGAUAAAAUUGAGCCAACAAAGGUGGGACAAUCAUCAGAAAGUAAAAGUAUUGAAAAUGAUACUUCAACAAUAUCGAUUGAUUCUGACAUCAAAGAUACUGCCAGUGAAGAAGUAAAUAAAGAUACCAAUGAUAAACAGCCUCAAGAAGCAGAAACUGAAAUAAAAACAAAAGAAAAUGUAAAAAAUACCGCAAAUUUUUACAAACCAAUUGCUGAUGGUUUUGAAUCAGAAACCAAUAAAACAGAAGAAAGUAAAACUGAAUCUAAAGUUGAUAAUCAAAAUGUGUCGAUCGCUGAAACUGAAAGUGCUCGUUCUGAAUUAUCCACUGAUAAAGAUAUUCAAAAUAAGAAGUCGGACUCAAUUGAAGCUCAAUUAGAGAAAAUGGAGAAAUCUGUCGAAAUACCAUUACUUCAUGACAAAACAAUGCCCCAAAAACCUACUAACAGUACAGUUUCGGAAAUAGAUAUAUUACAAGCUCUCAAAAAUGAAAUAUUGAGCGAGACUAUAACAAUACCAGGUGCAGAAGAAACACCGCAUUUACAUCAACCGAAAAUAAAUAAAGUGGCCAGUGCUAAAGAAAUUUUACCCAAAGUAAAAAGAAUAUCUAUUGAGAACUAUAAACAGAAAACCGAAGAAUUAAGCAGAAAAAUUAAAGAUUCGAUUGUAUAUUUUCCUCAAACAGAUUCUAAAGAAGAUUCAAAUAAGAAGUCUAGUCUUAAAUUAACAGAGAAGGAAUGUGAAAGGUUUAACAUACCAAAGAUGUCUUUCAACGAUGACAGUUCAGAUGAUGACGAAAUCACACCAUCUGAUUUAUAUAAUGACCUCGCUCAUAACGACCUCGCUCCAAAGUCACCUGAUCGUGAUGAUGCUAAUAAUGUUAAGUCAGCGCCUCCAGUCAUUAUACCUGUUGAGCCAGUGAAGCCUAUACCGGUAAUUCCAAAAGCUGAUGUAGAUAUGAGAACUUUGCCGAAAUUGUCUCCAACCAAUAGUAUACCAACAUUACCAUUCGGCAACGUUGCGGGACUAUCGAGUAAUGAGACAAAACCUGGUAUACUAGCCGACCAAAGUAAAGGUCUAACUCGACCAAUAUUUGAUCCUCGUAUGAAAAGAGAUAUUCAAUCCAAUCAAAGUCCUAGUCCACGAUCUCUUAAUUCCGACCUGCAAAGAUCUGGGUUCUCGAAUAUCUCUUCAAGUCCAGCUACGAUGUCUCAUCACCAAUCUUUUGACAUCGAAUCAAAUAAAAAACAUGUAUACGUCCCAUCGCUUGGUUUGAGUGAAACCAGAGAAACCUCUGUGGCUAGAGACACACGAGAUAAGUCAGAAUUACUAAGACAAAGAAAAUCACGUUUCGAAGAUGUUGGGGACGCUAGUUGUAGUUCAAAUGACAUGCCUCAGAGUGUACGAUAUGGCGGCAACUUUACCGGUGAUUACGGCACUGGAAAAAUGCGUCCACAGACUCCUGUACUAUCUUCAGAGAAGCCUAAUAUAUUCGGUAGAACCGAUGACCUUUCUACGUCAAACUACAUGUUUGGAAGGGCUGAAUGUCCACCGACACCAAACCAUCCCUUUGGAAGAGCCGAAUGCCCACCAACUUCUAGUCAGUCAUUUGGCAGACUCGAAUGUCCACCGACACCAAGUCAUAUGUUUGGAAGAGCUGAGUGUCCUUCAACACCUAGUCACUCGUGGGCUGAUUGUCCUUCUACACCAAGCCAUUCAUUUGGAAGAGCUGAAUGCCCUCCUACACCAAGCCAUUCAUUUGGAAGAGCUGAAUGCCCUCCUACACCAAGCCAUUCAUUUGGAAGAGCUGAAUGCCCUCCUACACCAAGCCAUUCAUUUGGAAGAGCUGAAUGCCCUCCUACGCCUAGCCAUUCCUUUGGAAGGACAGAAUGUCCUCCUACACCCAGCCACCCCUUUGGUCGAUCUGAUUGUCAACCUACAACACCUCUUACUUUUGGGAGAGCCGAAUGUCCACCGACUCCUAACCAUGUUUUUGGAAGGGCUGAAUGUCCACCUACGCCGAGUCAUCAUUUUGGAAGAGCCGAAUGUCCACCUACACCCAGCCAUCCGUUUGGACGAUCAGAAUGUCCACCUACACCAAGCCACUCCUUUGGAAGGUCCGAUCAGAAUCAUAAUUUUGCUAGUAAUUCCUACAUGCCUGAAUACCCUCAUAAUUCAAAUAUGCCACUGACACAAACUCCUUUCUUUGGAAGAAAUGAGUGCCCGCCGACACCGAACCAUCAAUUUACUAGAUUCGAUGGUCCGUCGACUAAGAACAAAUACGGAAUGCUCGAAUGUCCAAAAACACCUAAUCAUCCGUUUGGUCGCUCAGAUGGAGCGAUGAAUAACUAUGGUAGACCGGAAUACAAUGCUCAAAAGUAUACUAAAGAUCCUAGGCUUAAUAGGAAAUCUGAGUAUGAAAAUAAUUCUGUAUCCAAUGAGAGGGAUCGAGGUUAUAAAGAUCGCGGUUAUUAUCGUGGAAAUUCUUAUAAUUCACAAAAACCUUUCAGCGGAUCAGAAAAUUAUAAAAGUCAGGAUAGAGAACUAGAUCGAAAUAAUAAGUUUAGACGUCAAACAAGUAGAGAUAUUUCAAGACGUGAACCAAGCGCCGGUCGCUCGUUCCCCAAAGAUCAUGAAAGUGAUAGAGUGUACUCAAGAGAACGUGGUCAAUAUGGAGGCUAUGAAGAUGGACGUAGUAGCCACAGUGAAAGAAAUGUAGGACGUGGUGUGUACUAUCUCGAUAACCGUGAUAAGAGUGCAGGUCGGUAUUCACGCGAUGAUCGUGAAAAGAGUAUUGGGCAUCGCGAAGAUCAAACACGAACUUCGUAUAGAGCACAAAGCAUUGGAAGGAAUUCUUCUAUGGAGUCUGAGAAAUCUUUGUUGUCGGUAAAAUCUUACGCUGGUCGUUCAUUCACUAUUGAUACCAGUACUAAUGCAACAUUCCAACAGUUUCUGGAGAAAGGCAAGGGGCAUCAGGUGUCAGAAUAUAACUUCGAUGCUAGAAGACAAAGAGCAGCAAGUGUUGGAAGAAUACUAACCCGAGAGUCUAGUUGUCAACGUGUGAUUUCAGAUGAUAUAAUAUUAAAUAUGGAUAAGAGAGACAAAAAGGCAGAUUAUCGCAGAGCCUCUAGUGUAGGCAGAGAUUUGGUCGAUUAUCAUAAAGAAAAAAGGAGCUUCCUAGAAAUUAAGGCUGAUUUUAAAACGUACGUGCAUCCUACUAAAGAGUUUAAUACUGCUAAAAUAAAAAAUAUUGAUUCAAAAUCCAAAACUAAAACAGAACACAGUUUUCGCAGUAGAAGAGAUUCUUAUGAUAAACAUAAAGAAGAAAAGCGAUCUGAUAACUCAUCGAAAACAGCGUAUUCUCCUAGGAAGAACCCUAGAGAUCCCAGAAUGCGCAAAGAAACAAAAAGAAGCAAGAAUGAUAAAUAUGGCGAAGAUAAUCGCACAAAGAAAAGUGGGAUAGUGUACUCUAACGAUAAUAUUGUUAAGGGUGCCAUUUUAGCUUCUGGUUAUGGUGUUAAAAAUUACAAGAUUCCUAAAAUCAAACGUGUAGUCGAGGAAAAAGUUACAGAAGAACCUACACUUAAAAAAUGUGAGACUACUAAAGAGACCGAGAAAGAAGCAAGUAAAACUAUAAGAGCAGAAGAGUCUUUGAAACUCAAAGAUAAAGUUAAAGAUAUAACACCUAAGUUAAUUAAUAAAAUUGUAUCGAAAGAAAAAGGGCAUGAUGACCCUGAAUAUAAAAGUAAAGAAACAAUCAAUCAAAUAACUAAAGCAAGCUCUUUAACAUCGGAUUCUGAAACGGAAGCAUUACAAAUUGAUGAGAGCGUUAAACCCAGUGAAGAAAUUGAAAGAAGAAUAACUAGGCGGCGCAAAAGACUGUCUACAUCUAUAUCUGAGAAUGAAAUAGUUACGAAACCAAGAAAGUCUAAGAAAGCAGUAAUAAGUGAUUCGGAAUCUGACGCAGAAACUACAAGUAAGGAACGUCCAGUUUCAAACUUAAUCAAAAGAAAAGGUAAAAAAGCCAAUGAUGACUUUGAUAAGCUUGCCGUACCCUCACCAUUGGGUAGUCCUAUUAAAGAAAAUACCAAAGCUAAACAAACAAACUUGGUUGAUAUUCAUUCUAACUUUGGAUUGGAACUCGAAAUGUUUUCUGAAAAUGUUGCGUCGGACCCUGUUCUCGAUAAUAUCAAUGCUUUAAUUGCAGACCUGGAUAACGAUCUUGAUUCGGCAUCUAAAAACGAACCAAGCAAUGAUUUCAUGAAUGAAAUAACUCUUGAGAAUAUGAUGCAGAAUAUUACUACUCCGCAGGACACUUGUGAUAACGGAGAAGAAUAUAACCAGGUACUUAAAGCAGUUGAUGAAUUGUCUAAACCAUCUGAUAACGAAAUACUUGGUAUGUCAGUAUCUGCUACCGUUAAAGAAAAUGAGAAUAUGACUGGUGAUACAGAAACUACACGGGAAAUUGCAAAUUCUAAAGAAUCAAUUAAAAAGAAUACUAUCGAACAACUAAGUCCUAAAAAAGCAAAACCUGCAGAUUUCUCUGACAAAAGAAAUAGUGCCGAAGAUAAAAAAGAUGAAAAUACAUUACAUAUUUCGCCUACAACUGCAAACGAUAAUCUAGUUUCCACUACUGAACACAGGCAGGAACCGGUAGGAACUGAAGAUAAAGUUAAAUCAGAUGAGCGAAGUAUGGAUGGUUGUUCUACGCCGGACAGUACAAUCAAUACCGAUGAUGUUUCGGAGAAAAAUAAUAGUGAUACCUGUGUUGCGGAUAGUACCAAUGAAGAAGUACAAAGCGAAACUAACGUAACAUCUACAGAAACUGUCGAACCCAAACCUACUUCUUCCAAAGCAUCUGAUUCAGAACUAGGAAAUUUACUAACUGUCCUGCAAGAUAAAUCAAAAAUUGAAAAAUUGCUGUCUAUGUUAGGCGAUCAGUCGGACAAUGAGAAAAUUAGAAAGAAGCUAGAAAAAUUAAAAGAAAUCGUAUCUGAUGAUGAAAAAGAGGACAAUACAGAACAACUAGACGAAAGUAAGGACAACAAUGCUGCUUCCAAUGAUGACGUGAAAGAUUCUGACACUAGUCUGGUAAGCGAAGAUAAAACUGAAGCCAUUAAAGAUGACUCGAAAUCAGUUCAAGACGAAAGUAUUAAUGAAGAAGACCAAGAUAAUGAUGAUACCCUUGUUGAUGCGGAAGAAGAAGAAUUUACCAAAACGGAUGAAAGUGGUUCACAAGUAACGAAAACUAAAUUAAAAAAGAAAAUGCCUGGCAAAAAAUCUAAGGUUACUAAGAAAGGAAAAGGUCGACCUAGUAAGAAAGCUACUUCAAUUGCAGAAAAACGUGUCACUCGCGCUACAGCUGCAGUCGUGGUCGUACAAAAACCUAAAAAACCUCCACGCGAGUUGCAAAAACUUCAUGAUGACAUUAAAGAGUUCAUACGAGAUGAUAUUUUAAGUACUUCUGGUAUUAGGAUGUGUCGUUUAGCAAAGAUGAUGGAAGAUAAAACAAAGGAUGAAGUAGCUGCACUAGAAUCCGAAUCUGUAAUAUCGGAAAAGGUAAAGACCCCUGCCGAUAAAACUCGUGACCAAUCUAAUCCUGAAAAAGUGAAAAAGAAGCCUGGCCCGAAACCUAAACCUAAAGCUCCUAUUGAAACCCCAGAACCAGAAAAACCAAAAUACAAACCAGGGCCUAAAUCAAAAACAAAAAAUACGAAGGAUGUGGAUCCCUACGCAUUCGAAGUAGAGUCUUGUGGAGACACGACCACAGAGAAGAUGAGCGAGGAUGAUUCUGAUAACAGCUCUGAUUCCGAUGAGGGUUCUCUUGCUUCACUAGCAUCUUCUAAAAGCUGUGGAAGUACCGAAAUAUUGGCUGACAUAAAGAAAAAGGUAAAGCGCAAGCGCCCUGCAUGGCAAGAUGGAGUUAUUAAACCUAAAUAUAAAAAGAAAAAGAUUAUUGAGCCUAAACAGAUCCUAGAGCCCCCUCAGGCUAUAAACCCAACAGCAGAAAAGGAAAUGACAAUGCUAGAUAUGGAUUGUUUCACUGAUAAAAACUACUGUUUCCGUGAAAAUGAGCUUGUCUAUCCUUGCCGUCUGUGUUCUUUUACUGGUACAGACAUAGUAUAUCAUUAUAAAAAUGAGCACCCUCAUGUUGAAAUCCCGUUAUCUCGUAUGGAUCCUGCGGUGGCUAAAGACGCUAUUGAACAAUGUAAAGAAAUUAACUUCCAAGCAAUUAGCAAAAUAUCUUCAGAUAAAUACGUUUGCAUUUUCUGUUUCCAAGAGUUCGCGUACAAUAAAACUGUUCUAGAAACAUUCUUCUGGCACGUGGUUAGCAUGCACACUGGUGAAUAUAAGCACAACUGUUCCAAGUGUACAAAUGAGAAUCGAUGUCAAUUUUCUUUAGAUAUCCCGCCACCUCCAAAAGACACAAGCGGUCAACUCAUUGGAUAUAUUUGCAAAAAAUGCAAUUUUACUCAACUUUCUAUUGAAAAUCUUAAAACGCAUGUAAUCGUUCGUCAUAAUGACGAACAAACAUUUGUUUAUACUAUUAACUUAUCAGCGAUGUCCAAGAAGGCAUUGAAAGAAUUGUUACGAAAGCGCGACGCUCCCGAGCCAUUAAUGCUAAAGAGUAUUGCACUAAAGGAAGAGAUUAAAUCGGAUGAUGUUACCACAGAUGAUAAAGAACACGUUGGUUCUGUUUGUGAACCAGAGCGAGUGCUGCGUAAGCGUGCCAAACCACAGAGCCCACUGUCGAGUAUCAAGUCAAAGAUUACAUUUGAAGCAGACGACAAUGCUAGCGACGCUCCCAAUAUAGCAAAAAUAAAAAUAGAACAGGAGGAUACAGAUGAACAAUCUGAGAAUGUAGAUGAAGUCAUGCAUGACGUACAAGGGUCUAAAGCUAAAGGACCGAGUGAAACAGAGCGGCCAGCAGACGUAGUAGACAAACCUGUUGAACCUCCGAGUGAUGUACGAACACCCCAAAGCAGUGUAGAUGACGCAGUUAGCCAGUCCUCUGAUGAUAUAGUUGACUAUCCACAUUUCAAAAUCAGCUUUACAGAAUCUGGUACCAAGGAAUAUAUUUGCUGUAUUAAUGGCAAAGAUAAUCACUUUAAGACAACCCUUUUGAUUUCAAUGAAGAAACAUGUUCAAUUAAAGCACUCUGAGAACUGGGAGGGAUAUUGUUUCGUGUGCAAAGUUAUUGUCACACCGCAAGGGGCACACAACUUCAGAGAUUGCUUACAACAUUACCUUGAUAAGCAUUUAGACGACUUUCCAGUUUAUCAAAAGGAAGUUGUGCCCGAAACUACGCCCGAAGAAACACCUUCUCAAGCAGUUACGUCGGAUAGCCCAACUCUUACUAAGCCAUAUAUUAAUGUUCGACCUAUCCGUGAAUUAAUAUCUACAUCAGAAUCUCCUGCGAAGGAAACCUCAAGCUUCCCGGUAAUUCAGAGUGUAGUAAGUUUGGGCACAGCGGACACUCCACUGCUGCAACCUAGUUAUCCGGCUGUGAAUACAGAGAAUAAGCAACCUGAAGUCAUCUUUAAGUAUGAAGAGGUACAGGCUAGAGUUAUGUCGAGCAAACACCGCGUCGUUCUAGAAAAUAUGAUAGUACGUAAUAAACUAGUGAAGGUGUUUAAAUGUGCGGGUAGAUUCUGUUCGUUCACGUCGGACUCCCCCGAGGACUCUCUUCUGCAUGCGUCGACACACCAGCGUCUGGGAGGGGUGGAUACUCUGAACUGUUCAUACUGCGACUUUGACUCGAUGGGGAACGCCAUCGACCUGGUGAUGCACGUGUUCAAACAGCACGGCCACUGCCAGUACUCGUGCGGGCAGUGCUUCUACCGCGCGGCGGCCAGCCAGUCCGUGGGCGUGCACGCCGCCAAGGUGCACGGCCUGGCCGCGCCCAGCGCGCUCGUCCUGCGGACCACCACAGUGCCUGCCAACGCUCCUGCAGACGCCAACAUGCUCACCCGAGAACAAGCUGUGCCCUAUUAUUUCUGCAAACACACGGAGAGCAAUGGCAAUAAGUGCAAGUUCCGCACCUACACCCCGGACAAGUUCUGUGAACAUCUGCAACAGAAACAUACAACUGCUUCAUCUCACACUUGCUAUAUAUGUCAAUUACAAGCGCCGUCCCCGACAGAGCUAGUACAGCAUAUGAAGAGCCACGGCUUAAAGCUGUACCAAUGCACCUGGUGUGUGCUCGGAGCAGACAAUGAGACGGAACUAUUGUCUCAUGUAGCUACCACACACCCGUCCAAACAACCCCAGGCGUAUCUACGCAUCAUCACUAACAAAGAGGGUUCUAAUGAGCUGAGAGUGCUUCCACUUGCCUUCUUAAACAAAAUGAAAGUGCCCAUAGAAGAUGUCACACCAAGCACUACAAAAGAGGAUCCAGUGCGGGAAGCAGAACGUUCUUUGGAUCUAGAGAAGUUAAUUGGUUUGAACAUCCUGGUGGGAGCACAGCCUGAACCAGCCCAGCCUGCUGACACACAGGUCUCAAGCCCCCCGGAUACCAAACCGCCUAAAGAAAUAAUUCAACCUGCAGAACCAGUCAGUACUACUGCUCUGUUGCCUCCAACCCUCCCACAAACACCCCUUAACCCUCUCGCUACGAUCUCUCAAGCCAAUGUCCCUGCACCUGCGCCUUCCCCGGUAGCUCCUGCCCCUAGUCUUACUCCAGAUGACUCACAGACAGUUAGUCCUGCGCCCUUUGUUAAAAUCGAAGCGGAAGAGAUACGCACUCCUCAGAUUAAUGACGUUGUCGUCAUAGACAGUGAUGAUGAUGAGCCCAGGCAGCCCGUCAUAGACCUAUCCGACGAAGAUUCUCUCUCCAAUGUGGAUUCCUCUGUUCAGCAAGAUCAUACCAAGCAAAAGGUGCCACUUGAGAUACUAAGCACGUGUCCUAAAUGUCGACAAGUCUAUAAGAACAUUCACGGAUUGAAGAAGCAUAUGUUCUAUUGCUACCCUAACAAGGAGGCAGGGUGUCGCUGUGCGCACUGUCCGUACAGGGCCGCCAGCAGGGACAACAUCAUCAAGCACUACAUGGACGACCACUGCGACACUGCCACGACACUCACUGCCACGACACUCACUGCGAACGCAUACCAAUGCGGCAUCUGUCGAGCCAACUUCACCACGCUCUCUCUCGCUAAGAGACAUGUCAGAAAUGUACAUAAAGAAAAAGACGUAACGGUCUCCUACGACGUAGAAAACGGGAGUUCUUGUUACACUCUUAUUGCAGUUAAAAAAGACAGAGAGGUACCAAAAAGAAAAUCGAGCGUCAACGAAAUGCCGAGCAAGCGACGCUUCAAACCCCAAGAGAUCAACGAGCUGCCGAUAAAUCCGAUCCUGGAACACCUCGUGUACUGCGACCUGUGCGAGUUCAGUACCAAGGUGCGCCUCAACAUGGUCCGCCAUCUCCAACUGCACGCGGCCCAGCAGCCCGUGGCACAGGUCGCGCCCGUCAACCCCGUGCCGCACCUGGAGACCAACGAGAUGCACUUCGACAAGAUGGUGAACCUCGCGUCGUCCUCGCUGGGCGGGCGCGCCGCGCCGCCCGAGCGGCCGUACUCCGUGGUGCAGCUGUCGGCGGCGGAGGCGGCGGGCGCGGCGCAGUACCCGCGCUACGUGGCGGCGCGCACGCGCCACUCGUGCGGCGCGCCCGCCUGCAGCUACACGGCGCCCGACGAGCCCACGCUGCGCCGCCACUGGGACGCGCUGCACGCCGCCGCCGCGCCCGCCUUCCGCUGCGUGCACUGCCCCGCCAGCCAGUCGCUCGACACGUCGCGCCCCGUCACCGCCGGCCGCGUUAUGCAGCAUCUCAAGAUGCACGACGAGAACCUCUACGCUUGCUCCCACUGCCAGAUCUACCACUUCAAGCGGGAGGUCAUGGAAAAACAUAUGACCGAGGUGCACCCCUUUAACCAGCUCAUAGUAGUGCGCGAAAACGCGAACACGGUACCUGCCGUCGGUCCCGCCGUCCAGCCCGUAACGGUUGGCACUAUGGACCUCAAACCGUGGCAGUGCGGCUUCUGCCAGUUCAAGAGUAUGUUACGGCCGGAGGUAGUAGAGCACUGCUCCAAGUUCCAUCAGUCCAAGAUGCAGUUCCGAUGUGCAUACUGUCCGUACCGCGCGUCAGUGUUGGAGAACGUCCACAACCACCAGUCCCACUCGCACGCGAGCGAGCCCGUGGACGUCAUCUACUACUACUACAGAGUAGGCUCCGUGCCCGACGAGGACGGCACCCCGCGGUGGCUGAAGCAGUGGCAGAAGAUGGCAAGCAGUCAUCCAGAGGUCAAGAUUGAGGGGCAAGAGUUCCCAGCAACGUCAUCCCUGUCUGCGACCCCUGUAAUAACUGCGAUCCCUUCGACCUCUGCAGCUCCAACCCCUUCGGUCGCUCCCGUAUCCGUCGACUUGAAUUUGGUUAAAAAGGAAGUAGAAGAAGAUGAAGUAUUGGAAAGUUUGGAAGAACUAUGCGCAAAGUUCGGCAAACUGUGUGAACCGAACGGAAUCAACUACAAGUGUCCGCUGUGCCCGGUGGUGGUGGAGGAGACCAGAGAAGCCAUGCAGUCGCAUCUGUACGAGGAGCUGCAGUAUAGGAGAUGGGGAUGCGGCCUCUGUAAGUACAAAGCGUUCCACAAAACUGGACUGGUCGAACAUAUGACGUCAGAACAUCGCAGGCAGUAUGACCACAUCGAGUUACCGAAGGAUAUCAACAAGGAGAAGUGGGUGGCUGCUCAGCUAGACCAUCAGGCGGGUAUCAUACAGGCACAUAAAGCCAACCUGGCUAAACAGAAGAUUCAAACUGAAAGAGUAAAUAAGCCUGGACCCUCGACUGCUGCACCACCAACUAUUGAAACUGUUGAGAAGUACUCCGCGGCGCAACUAAUCGAGGCCUUCGGUGAGUUCGGAGCUCCAAAGGACGCGAUGUUCUGUUGUCCUAAGUGUAACAUCUUGCACGGCGAUGAGACUACCUUCAGAGACCAUUUGGAGACUGAACUCAAUAAGAUUAGAUGGGGAUGCACCAACUGUUCUGCUAAAUACCAAACAUACCACGAGGCACAGUUUCAUUGCAAGAGUCACGAGGGAUCGUCUAGGCCCAAGGAGGCGAUAAGAGAUCCUUCCAUGAGAGCUGCGUGGGUGGCUAACAUUAUACAAACACAGAAAAAGAUGCUGCAGAGUGUCCCACUCCCAACCAGUGCAGUAGUCUCAGAACCUCCCACUCCCGAGAAGAUCGUUCCAGAGAGCGACAACUCUCUCCUUGUAGUCCGCUAUGAAGAGAAAGUAACCACACCCGAGCAAGGCGCGGUCAGACCAAGACCUAGCAAGAGACCAGCGCCAGAGAGUGACGACGAACGACUCGUCAUUGACGAAGCAGAUAAACGAGCAGGCAUCAAGCGAUGCCGACACUGCGAGUACUCCACCAAGUCAUCCAAGUGUUGGAAGGACCACAUGCUCAAACAUUACAACCUCAAGCCUUACUCCUGCUGCUACUGCGACUACAGCUGCACGUCCAAGCAGGGCGUCGUGCUCCACACUAUGAAGUUGCACCCCGAGCAACCUCUGCAGAUGAAGAAAACUCCCUUACCACCCGGAGUGCCAUACAUUGUCUCUGCUAAAACAAAUAGAGUAUCUGAAGAUGACCAGGCACCCAUUAUUUGCUUGUUCUGUGAGAAGACCAUACCUGAUGCAGAAAUAGUCACACAUUUACACGAUAAUGUCAAGCCAGACUUUGCUAAAAAGGGUGAUGUCGUGUUUAAGUGUUGCAUAUGCUUAGUGCUGCGUGUGGACGUGAAGUCCUUGCAGGACCAUCACCAGCAAGCUCAUCCCAACUUACCCAUAAACUACGCACUGUUUAAACUGCAGCACGAGACCAGAGAAACACAUUUCUGCGGACAUUGUGAGAAUAUAGGAUUUAAAUACAUAAGGGACUUAAAGACCCACCACAACGCGGCCCAUCCGGCGCUUCCGUUAAAAUACUCCAUCGUGCCGUACAUACAUAACUCUGAAGAAAUGAAGAAAAUAGAGGAAGAUCUCAUUGCUCCACUUAUUCAUAAAAACAAAGUAAUUGACACUACACCGAAAACACUCAAAAUUUUGCCUAAACCAAUGCCGGAGCCUAUGUCGAUAACUAGACACAUUGUACCGAUACCAAUGAACCCUCAGUCGGUACCAAUGAGCCCCUUGCCGAAACCAAUCGAAGCUGCACCGAUAACAAUAGAUGCGUCGAAGCCAGUCAAAUAUAUUUCAAAACCAACGGAACCUUUGCCGAAAACAAGUGCUCGGAAGUCCACCAGUAAGCCACCCACCAGGCGUGUGGCUAUGAAAUCUACCACGAAGCUGCCUCAUAAUAUCGAGGAGGUUUCUCAUUAUCUGAAAAAUACGAAAACAGUGUUCGACUAUGAUCACUGUACUACGUCUAUAAGUUUAUGUAACAGGACAAUGACGUUCACAGCGAAGAAGCUUUCUGAAAUAAUGAGACUUUAUCCACAAGUGGUUGUAGUUGACAUUGUCAAACAUGGAAUUUUUAAAUUACCCCCGCAAAGUGAUAGUUAA